AACGCCAGCCUCGUGGGGAGGUACAGACCUGAUGAGGUCCCACGGGGCGCGGGAGGCCUGAGGGAAGGCCCUGCGCCUCCAGCAGGGGCGAACCUGGAAAGCUCCCUGGGGUGGGAGUCCGGCCUGGCACCUUGGCUGGGCGGAAGCUGACCACCAAGCCCAGGUGACCCCUCCCCCAUCUCACCCGCAGGUAUCCUCGUGGCCCACUACCUGCAGAGCAUCACGCCGUGUCUGGCCCUGGGUGGAGAGCUGGUCUACCACCGGCGGCCCGGGGAGGAAGGCACGGUCAUGUCUCUAGCUGGGAAAUACACACUGAACAACUGGUUGGCGACAGUGACGUUGGGCCAGGCGGGCAUGCACGCGACGUACUACCACAAAGCCAGCGACCAGCUGCAGGUGGGUGUGGAGUUCGAGGCCAGCACAAGGAUGCAGGACACCAGUGUCUCCUUCGGGUACCAGCUGGACCUGCCCAAGGCCAACCUCCUCUUCAAAGGCUCCAUGGACAGCAACUGGAUUGUGGGCGCCACGCUGGAGAAGAAGCUCCCGCCCCUGCCCCUGACGUUGGCCCUCGGGGCCUUCCUGAAUCACCGAAAGAACAAGUUCCAGUGCGGCUUUGGCCUCACCAUCGGCUGAGCCCCUGCUGGCCCCCCCGCCUUCCACCCUUCCUCCUUCAGAUCCCACCUCCCCCUCCCCCUGCCAUGGAGGGGAGACCUGAGCCCUCCUACCCCUCCCUUCCCUCCCUCCUCGGGGGCCAGGGGGGCAGCGGAAAGGAGGGGACCCAUCACCCCAGCAGCUGAGGGGAGAUUCUAGAACCACGGGCGCUUCAGGAUUCGGAGCACCAGAGGCAGGGUGCCCAUGGGCCUGGAGUCCCAGGAGGGAUUCCAGAAUCGAGGGGCACGCCAGAUUCUGAGCACCAGGGGCAGAGGUGGCCAGACAACCUCAGGGAGGUGUUGGGGCGUC